ACUGCUUAAUUACAUAUCAGCGGGCCUGUGCACGAUAUUUAGCGGCCAACCACAAUUAUGGGGGUACCGAGUGCAGUUAGAAGUGUUCCCUACAGGAAAAAGCUCUCCAGGCAAUUAAUGGCAACGUCCGGGGCGGGAAAAACUAGAACCCCCGCCAACUUUUUUGUGAGGGCCCGACUGAAUGGGUAGGUGAAGAGCUCAAAGUCAACACAGGGUCCGAAGAGCUAAGCAGGCAGCCGGACGACAACACCUCCACGAUUCCAUCCCUCACCUUGAACAUAGGACCUUUCCCUGCUGCUGCCACUUUCUGUCCUGCAAGACAACAUGGCUUCCAUGUUCGAACAACCCAGAAAUGGAACUUUGUUCCUGGGCGGCCAGAAGAUCUCUGGCGCCGACAUCAGAGAUCAGAAUGUCUCGGCUACACAGGCUAUUGCGAACGUCGUCAAGAGCUCCUUCGGUCCAAGCGGUCUCGACAAGAUGAUGGUGGACGACAUUGGUGAUGUUACUGUUACCAACGACGGUGCUACCAUUCUCAGCCUACUCGAUGUCGAGCACCCGGCCGGCAAGAUCCUGGUCGACCUGGCUCACCAGCAAGAUAGGGAAGUCGGAGAUGGCACAACCUCCGUCGUUCUUAUCGCUGCCGAGCUUCUGCGACGUGGAAACGAGUUGAUGAAGAACAAGAUUCACCCUACUACCAUUAUCACAGGCUACCGUCUCGCCCAAAGAGAAGCCAUCAAAUACAUGAACGAGAACAUCAGCAUACCCGUCUCCAAGCUUGGUCGAGACUCGCUCCUCAACAUUGCAAAGACCUCCAUGUCCAGCAAAAUCAUUGGCUCAGACUCCGAGUUCUUUGCCAGCCUGGUCGUGGAUGCCAUUCAGUCCGUCAAGACAACCACAAACAGGGGCGAAGUCAAGUACCCUGUCAAGGCUGUAAAUAUCCUCAAGGCCCACGGCAAGUCUUCGCUCGAGUCCGUCUUGGUCAAGGGCUACGCUUUGAACUGCACAGUCGCCUCCCAAGCCAUGCCUACACGGAUACAAGACGCCAAAAUUGCCAUCCUCGACAUGAAUCUUCAAAAGGAGCGCAUGAAGCUUGGUGUGCAAAUCACCGUCGAUGAUCCUCAACAGUUGGAGCAGAUUCGUCAACGCGAGUCCGGCAUGGUUAUGGAAAGAGUUGAGAUGAUCCUGAAGGCUGGCGCAAAUGUCGUUCUUACCACCAAGGGUAUUGAUGACAUGUGCUUGAAGAUGUUCAUAGAACGUGGCGCUAUGGCCGUGAGGCGGUGUAAGAAGGAGGAUUUGAGACGUAUUGCUCGGGCGACUGGUGGAACCCUUCUCAGCACUCUUUCUGACCUGAACGGCGACGAAAAGUUUGAGUCCUCGUAUCUGGGUCACGCAGAGGAGGUCGUACAGGAGCGCAUCUCGGACGAUGAGUGCAUUUUGGUCAAGGGUACCAAGCAACAUUCUUCCGCAUCUGUCCUGCUUAGAGGACCCAACGAGUUCACCUUGGACGAGAUGGAGCGGUCAGUACAUGAUUCUUUAUGCGCUGUGAAGCGCACACUUGAGAGCGGAAAGGUUGUUCCUGGUGGUGGUGCAGUUGAGACUGCGCUACACAUUUACCUUGAGGAGUACGCCGGUACCGUCGGAUCGAGAGAGCAGUUGGCCAUUGGCGAGUUUGCACAAGCGCUCCUCGUCAUUCCCAAGACCCUCGCAGUCAAUGCGGCCAAGGACGCCAGCGAGCUUGUAGCACAACUACGAUCACGGCACGCAGUAUCACAAAGAACCCAAGACGGCGAUGCUUCGCAAGAUGAGAAGACCAUUGCACGUAUCAAGGGCUACAAGAACUAUGGUCUCGAUCUCGCCAGGGGCAAGGUCCAGGACGAGGUCAAGGCUGGUGUUCUUGAGCCCUCGAUCAGCAAGGUCAGACAGCUGAAGAGUGCGGUGGAGGCAACUAUCGCCAUCAUGAGAAUUGAUACCCUGAUUAAGCUGGACCCGGAGCAACCGGCGGAAGAUGACGGUCAUGGCCAUUAAACCACAUAACGAAGGGGGAAUAUGCUGUUUGCAGGGCGUUCAAUGGAAAAGACCUAGACGGAUGAACCCAUAGAUGCAUGCAACGCUAAUUAAAAGAUGGAUGAGACAUGAGAAACGAAUAUCCUCGUCACCGACUUGUCCCU